AGACUACGAAUGAAUACAUAUGUAGAGAUUAGAUAAAAUACAUAAAUGAAUUGGAGAAUAUAAAAAUCUCAUUGUGUGUACUAUAGGCAUAAGGAUUAAAAGACUCCAGAAAGGGGAUGCAUAACUUCGAUUACACGCUACUCUUUAAAGAACCAUUCCUCAUAGUGAUCCAUCUUUCAAAACUUACUUUUCUAAAGUAGGCGUUGGAGUGUCGACAGAGUAUUCCUCAAGAAAAACAAACAGUUCUGGGUCAGGCACUCUGGUCAGGCACACGAGGCAGUCACAUUCAAGCGACCCAAGGCAAGGCUCUCCCAAAGUAAAUAUGGCACUUAUCUUUGGCCACAAAUAUGUUAAAGCGUAUUGCUAGAGGAUUAUGUGUCAGGAGAAGCUAUACAACUACAAAAAAUGCCUUUCAGAUACAACCUAAGCUGGAUUACAAUUACUUGGCCGAGAAUGCAACCACGAUUCAACAAAACAUGAUCAACCGAAAGUAUGAAAAGAUGGACAUGGAUGCAUUUGUCAAGUUAAACAAGACCCGUCUUGAGUUGUAUAACAAACUUAUUGUAUUAAGAGCAAAGCGUAAUGAUUUAUCACUUGCUACACGAGCAGCAGCAAAAAAAAGUCAAGAAGAACGAAACGCAUGCAUAGAAGAAGGCAAACAAGUCAAGCUAGAUAUCAAGGCAUGCGAAGAACAACUCAAUCAAACUGAAUCACACUUGCUGAGACAAGGACUCAUGAUUCCAAACGAUACACACAGUGCAUCGCCUAUUGGAUCAGAAGACAACGCUCGAGUGAUUAAGGUGGUGGGGGAGCAAAGAUCUUCAGAAGGAUUGCGCGAUCAUGUGCAACUUGCUACUGAACUUGAUAUUUUGGACAUUGAACAAGCAGCCAUCACAAGUGGAUCCAGUUUCUAUUACCUCCAAGGCAUGGGUGCUUUCUUAGAACUAGCGCUAAUUCAAUACGCCAUGCAUAAAGCUGCAACAAGAGGGUUUUUUGGUGUAUUAACACCUGAUAUUGUACGUACCAAUAUUGCAUAUGGCUGUGGCUUUCAACCUCGUCGUGGAGAAAGCUCCCAGAUUUACAACAUCGCCACAAAACCCGACCACGAAUCCACAUUAUGCUUGGCAGGAACCGCUGAAAUCCCACUUGCAGGAAAGUUUGCUACACAGCUUUUAAAUGAGCAUGAGUUACCCAAAAAAUUGGUCGGGUUUGGUCAUGCUUUCCGAACAGAAGCUGGUGGGAGAGGAGUAGAAACGAAGGGUUUAUAUAGAGUGCAUCAGUUUUCUAAAGUAGAACUGUUUGCAUUGACAACACCAGAGCAAAGUGAAGCCAUGAUGGAAGAAAUUCGAUCUUUGCAAGAAGAAAUCUUUACCGACCUUGGCUUAUGUUUUAGAGUACUUGAUAUGCCAACAGAAGAAUUGGGCGCAAGUGCUUUUAGAAAAUACGAUAUGGAAGCUUGGAUGCCUGGUAGAGGCAAAUGGGGAGAGAUUUCUUCAACAUCGAAUUGUACAGACUAUCAAUCUCGUCGAUUAUCCAUUCGUUACCGCCCCAAACACCAAACCAAGAAAAAUACCCAAUUUUGUCAUACAUUAAACGGUACUGCUAUUGCUGUACCGCGUGUCAUUAUCGCUAUUCUCGAAACAUUCCAAACAAAAGAUGGAUCUGUACAAAUACCCAAAGUACUUCAAAAAUGGCUACCCGGAGAGCCAGCCUAUUUGACUCCAAGCAAGGAACAACAUUAACUAUUU